AUGGAGACCUUGUAUCUUCUUUCUUCCCUUGCUCUGGCGUCAACAGCGCUUGCUCAGCGUACCAUUACUGUGUAUAACGCAUGUCCUUUCACCAUUUGCUGGGAGGCCGGCGAGUAUACUGCGGUCACCUUCCAGGUCCCAAGCGACUGGACUGCUGGACGAAUCUGGGGACGUCGUGACUGUGACUUCACCACCGACCCCGGCCCGAACUCUUGCCUUGAUGGUGGUUGCAAUGGGGGACUGGUGUGCGACCCUACCACCGGCACAGGUGUCCCACCUGCCAGUCUUGCAGAGUUCACUUUGGGUGCAGGGGGCGUUGACUACUUUGACGUAUCUCUUGUCGACGGGUAUAAUUUGCCCGUCAGUGUCACAAAUAAUGUUGGGUGUGGGGUUCCAAGUUGCCCUGUAGAUCUGGGGCCUGACUGUCCAGCAGCUCUCCAAGGCCCUUAUGACUCCACCGGCUUCCCUGUUGGGUGCAAGAGUGCAUGCGAAGCUGACCUCGAUGGUGAUCCAACAAACUCUCCCAACUGCUGCAGUGGCCAGUAUGACACGCCUGCUACGUGUCCUUCGUCAGGCGUUGAAUACUACAGCUACUUCAGUAAGUGUCGUCAUGCUGUUGCUUGUCUGCAGGUGGCUGAUUACCUGUAUGCAGAGGACAACUGUCCCGAUGCAUAUGCUUAUGCAUACGACGACGCAACCUCUCUAUUCACCUGCAGCUCUUCUCUCAAUGCUGAGUUCACAAUUACCUUCUGCCCAUGA